ACGACCUGGGACGCAUCCCUUUUUGCUACAGCUGUGCAGCAGAACAUAUCAACGCGAUGCACGAAAACAGCAACGUGUUUAGCCAGCUACAAAUAACAUCUUAAAUAUGCAAAUUGGUCGAUAUUGAAGGAAACUGGCUAUGGAUGACACAACAUACUGCAAUAAUUAUUAAUUACUGCUGAAAACUGACAGCAAAGAUCAGCCGGUUGAAGACAGCGUUCCUUUUUUACUGUGGCAGUCUUGUAACACAAUGCUUGGCCUUCAGGGAAGCACCUCGUCCCCGAAAAUGUACCGCUGUGUGGCUUGUUCAUCCACAUUUACAGGAUUGGCAUCCUUGUUGGUGCACCAAGCUUCUCAUGCUGUUCAAUAUGACAAGCAACCACCAGUAACUGAGGCGCAGCCCCCUUGCAGUCACUGUGGCGAAGUGUUUUCAAACAAGGAGCUCCUAGACCAGCACUGCUGCAAAGCACAACCAGAAACCCAAGCUUCCUCUCUCUUUAUUUGUGAUUGUGGGGAUGAGUUUCAGGAUUUUAAUGAAAUGCUGGAGCAUAAAAGAUCUCAUGUUUCAACACCCCAGCAGCACACCCAGGAGAUUGAUGUCAGAGAUUCAAACCAUGGAGAAUGCAGUCUAGGUGACCUUGCCCAACCUGUUUCCUGUCAGCCAAACCUGCACCAAUCAAUUUUAGGUCUUAGCCCCCCCUCCAAUUCCACACCCUUAACUCCAGCCAUACCGUGUUCACUCCUCACAAAGGUUAAUAGCACAUUGCCUGUUCCUAAAAUUGACAAGAAAGAGGGGUUUAUUACUCUGACCAGACCUCCAGAGCCAAACAACAUGCCUCCAGAACCAAUUGAGCAAGACUUGCAACCUGCUUUUCUUGACCAACCUGAAAAAAACGUUGCUGCACCGGAACCUCCAACAAAAUCCAUCCAAGAUGAGUCUACUGAGGAUACAGACUGUCCCGUUACAAGCAGCGCAACUUCUGAAGCUGCAGGUGCACCUAAAAACAAGACAAUAAUGAAGAUGGUAGCAAAUGCCUACAUGAAACGUUUCCAACCUUCUCAACAGUACCCAUUAAGACAUAAGCGACUUGUGAUCCCUAAAAGAGAGGUUAUACCUGUGGAGGUGACAGCGGAAUCCAAACAAACAGGAGCAUCCACUCCAGGGCAUUCUGUUGGCCAGUUAAGACACCUGCUUAGUAAGUCUGGUGCAAAGUCAAUAGCUCGUCCAUCUAGCAGUAGUGGUAUCAUAUCUUUGACUCAGACCUUCUGCCCUGUGGUAGUUCUUGAAACCCGCCAAAAACUUUGUGAUUCUAGCAACAGUGAAACACAGGGGCGAUAUCAGUGUGGCCGCUGCCGGAGAGUUUUUCAGGACUUGAACAGUUUGACAGUACAUCAUGCCUUACACAGGAAAGAAAUAGUGAAGUGUUGUCGUCACUGUAAACAACUGAUGAUUGGGAAACCACCCCUUCCAGAUAACCACAUUUGUCCCCUUGCUCCCCAGCACCUUACCUCAGUAGGGAGCAAGUUCUCCUCUAUUAAAAAGACUGCUUCAUUCUAUAGUCAGAAGGACCGCACCUUUAAACAACAACAAAGAAGCUUCUUAAGUGCUAAAGCUAGGACACCUUACUUUUGUCAAGUGUGCAAACACAGCUAUGCCCGUAGCUAUAAUCUCAAAGUGCACAAGUGUCAGGGACCACCCCGUCAUACUCUGCAUGCCACAAACUCCAACUUGUACAAAACCACUACAUUUGGGGCAAACUUGAAAGGACAGUAUCCUGUUACAAGUAUAAAUGAGGGGCCCCUGAUCUCAAAAAGCAUUGCUGUGGGCCCUGACAUCACUCGUCAGAUAAAGGAGGAGGUGAUUGCUGCAGAAUCAACGCCUCAUCCUCAAUUCCCUGAUUUGCUCUGGUCUGGCUCACCUAAAAGCUUCUCACCCUUCUAUUCUAAAGUUUCCAAGCAGGUAACACCAAAAGAGAUUGAAUCAGCAUCUGCUGAAGAUGGUUUAGGUGAUGGGGACAACACAGCAGGUAGUUCAAAACAAGGAGAGCGAGAUGAAGGAGAAUGGACAAUGCCUUUGGAUGAUUCUGAGAUCGAUGUGUUGAUUGAGGCCGUAGAUGCAGAAGAUGAUGAUGACUUAGUGUUACAAGAACCCAUUUCUCAGGGUCAUGUCAAGUCCACAAAGGAUGGCGUGCCUUAUUUCAUUAAAGAUGGUGUUAGACGUUUUCCCUGCUAUAGAUGUCAGAAGACUUACAGUCGAGGGUCCACUUUAAGAAAGCAUCAAAGGCUGUGUGGAAAUAGAGCAUUUUUUCCACAAUCUGCCAUCCAAGCGGCAGCACAGAAAGUGAACAAGGGUCAACCCCAGUUUGAUUGCUAUGUCUGUGGCCUGAGCUUUAACCGCAAGGAUAACCUGCUGGUUCAUAGGAAGAAGUGCCAGUUAAGUAAAACUGUGGCAAGGAAUGAUCAUGGACAUUUACAACAGCGCAUAUCAGUAGCCCAGGCGCCACCACGCCUCGGAGCACAAAGUAGUGCACCUAAGAGCAAAACUCAGGAGGAUAAUGGGCAGAAUUGGGGUAUUAUGUCGUUACCUAAUGUUCUCCCCAGGAGAGUGACAUGUGAGUGUGGCGCAGGCUUUACUUCUCCACGGCUUCUCCUAGAGCAUUUGCAAAAGCAUGCACAGGAAUCCUAUACCUGCCCUACAUGUGGUGAGACACUAAGUUCCUGGGCAGACUAUGAAGUCCACCUGCAGGUACACAUGCAGCCUCGGCACAAGAUGUACGGGGAAAUGCAACUGCAGCGAUCUCCACCACUUCUGCUGAGAUUUCCACAGCAGCCGCCUCAACAUCGGCAGCCUAUGCCAAAACAACGACCUGUGCCUCAACAACACACUUCGCCAGUGCAGCGCACUCAGGCAAAUCAACAACCUUUGCGGAAGCCUAGGAAGCAGCAGCCUCGCAGUGUAUGCAUACGAUGCAGCAACACCUUUUGCAGUCGCGGUGCACUGCUCAAGCACCUUUCCUUGAAUCGGUGCAAAGGUGACAGAGGUGCCAGUUCAGCAAAGGCAAACCACUGUUCCCGCUGCAGCAUGGACUUUCCCAAUGCCCUCAGCCUCAAGUUUCACCAGCUCAAUGGAAUGUGCAAGCCUGCAUUCAAACCCAUGCGUUGCCCUGUGUGCGUACGCUGGUUUGGCACUGUGGAGGGACUCCAGAAACACCUGCAAACACAUGACCAGCCCAAGGCCAAUUCAUUUCGCUGCGUCAUCUGCCAGCGCCACUAUCCCAGCCUUCGGUCACUGAAAGACCACCGCAGAAAGGUCCAUCGCAUUUUGUCUGGUGACACAGCACCAGUUACACGAUGAGCAGGAAUCCUAUGGGAAAUGUAUCCCUAGAGAACAGAUUCAUUAUAGAAAAAAGGUUUAAGCAAGAUCGAUUGAGUUUAAAUUAGAGCAAUUUAAUUUUGUCUUGUAACCAUAUAUAAUCAUUGUAUUGUACUAUACUACUUUGACUAUGUUCACUGUUUAGCAAUAGACUUUCCUUGAUAUCUUAGAUUUCUCACUUGACCCACUUUCCUGAUCAUAGUUGUAAACUCUAGUAUUGUGUUGUAAAAAGUGAUGUUCCUGUUCUUAACUUCCACUAGCUACCUUUUUAGAAUCAAAAGGUGGAAGACUCACUAUCAUCUCUCACAUCCCAGGUAGUAUGCACACCUUUGGCCAACAUAUCAAACUGUAGGGAAUUAGCUGUUGACACAUGGGUUGGGUUCAUAAAUAAAGCUGAUCUGUCAUUGUUGUCUAUUGCUAACCACAACAGGAGAACUAUGAUGGCGAUAAUCUCAAUGUGAUUUGACCAUGUAAAUAUCUCUUAAAAUGUCUGUCCAGUUGCAGAUGGUUUUAGUUAAGCCCAAGAAAUGUUAUAAAGAUGGUAAGCCUAUGUUUGCAAGGCAUAGUGCACAUCUUUGUAAAUGUGUUGUGUUGCAGUGACCUGAUAUGUCCACAUGACAAUAGCAUGUCAUUGACGCUAACACAUUUACCAAGAGUUUAUUUACAUUACGCUACAUUUUCCGAGACAUGUCUCUCAACACUAGAUUAUUUUGUUGUGUAAACUUACAGAUAUGAAUAGCUCGUCAAAUCCAGUUCAAAGUAAUCCUGCCGUACUUUACACUAGGUGUGUAAUAACAGGAGUUCAGCGUUAUGUGUGACGCAAGCUGAUGUGUAAACUUUGCACAUCAGCACCGUGUUUCCUCUCACAUUGAAAACAAAUUGUCUGGCUCACAUGAACAAUGUCAAACUGUAGAAUUCAUGAAGUCUAAAUACAUUUAAAAGGCUUAUUGCCAGUGUAUAAACGCUGUCCAUACUACAUGUUCUCCAUGUACUGCGUAUACAUUGUGCGUAUGCUGGGCAGACGUGUGCUAUCUGGGAUGUAGGUUUUAUCAAUGCUGGUGUUACAUACAUUAGUUUUGCUCAGAAUUAGCUUGGUAAAACAUUUCAGUAGUCUGCCAUAAGCCAGAGGUUACAUUAAAUUAUUUUUAACUUUGCUCAUGGUCUGUAAGAUUAGUCCUUAAGCAGUGGUGAAAUUGGGGGUAUGGGUGGGUGGGGGUUGCCAUACCUGCAACAGAAACAAGAUGCAGGACAUUUACUUGAGGGACUUACUUCGAAAUGAGUGAAACAGAAGUAGUAACCUCUGUUUAAGGACCAACUCGAUAAAAAAUGAAAUGUUAUUUAACUCCUGGCUUUCGUUUGACGUUACUGUUUUGGCAUGCUAACGGCAAUACUAGUGUGAUGUUUGUUCAAUUUUGUAAGUUCCAUCACAACUCCAGAAUUUUGAAUAAAUGUAAUUUCAACAUACUUAACCUCUUGCCCACUCAGGUGGAAAUGAGGCAACAUAUCCACAGGAACGUUAUAUUGACUGACUUCAUUAAUAUUGACUGAAUUCAUUAUCAAAAGCUGUGCACAAGACUGAGUAUUGUGACACUGAGUCAUACAAGUUUGUACAUGGUUUUGCGCAUCUGCCAGGUAAUGGCAGUAUCUGCAUGCUAAAUAGUGGGUUAAUAGUACUUCAAUAUGGAUAUUUUUCUACACUUCCUGCCAUUAAAGGGAACAGCAUGGACAGCUGGUAAAGUAUGUUUAAUUGUAUUUAUCCUUCUGGCUCGUAGAGUCUUUAUGAGGACUUAUUUUAGACUGAAAUCCAUUGGUUAACUAUGGUGACAGUCUGAUGUUUAGGCCUGUUCAACAUUUAAAUGUGCAAUUUAUUGUUAAUAAGUGCUAUUUUAGGUCGUACAAAAAAUGUUGAAGGUUUUAUAUUGAUGUGGUAGCUGUCAGUGCAUUGUGGAGAAAACAAUUGUAAGUGAAUAUAUCUGAGUACUUCCAUGAAAACUGUAUAGCAAAUAGCAUGUAGUGUGUUGCUUCUUGUGUUAAUAAAACUAUUAAUACCGUA